UGCCUACCCGGCCGGGAGGGGGAGGGCGCACGGGAGGAAGAAGGAAGCCGCCAUCUUGGAGCGUCGAAUCGCCAUAACAAGGCACCAAACGGGCGAGUGCGAGGACUUUUUUACCCGGGAGAGCGGGGAGCGCAGCCGGCGGCGGCGACUGAAGUGAGUGAAUUCAGAUAUAAUUCAACUUUGUUAGAGGGCUUUUUAAAAAAAAAAAAAAAAAAAGUUGUUCCACGGUGCAUCAGAGCAAGUUACUACUUUACUGUUGAGUGACUUACAGGUGCUUGCCUGCAUUGCAAUAAAGGACUCAUAUAUUGAGCAAGACUUAUUUAUCUCUUCAUUUUGGAGAGUCUAAUAAACUGUUAUUACAGUUUCUGUACUGACUUUCAAAGUUUUGAAGUCUAAAAAGACAUCUUUACAAAGAAAAACAUGAGCACGGCCAGAACAGAGAACCCUGUUAUAAUGGGUCUAUCCAGUCAGAAUGGGCAGCUGAGAGGCCCUGUAAAACCAAGUGGGGGCCCAGGAGGUGGGGGGACACAGACUCAGCAACAGAUGAACCAGCUGAAAAACACCAACACAAUCAAUAAUGGCACUCAACAGCAAGCACAGAGUAUGACCUCCGCUAUUAAACCUGGUGAUGACUGGAAGAAGACUUUAAAACUCCCUCCAAAAGAUCUGAGAAUCAAAACUUCGGAUGUGACCUCCACAAAAGGAAAUGAGUUUGAAGAUUACUGUCUGAAACGGGAGUUGCUGAUGGGAAUUUUUGAAAUGGGCUGGGAAAAACCAUCUCCUAUUCAGGAGGAGAGUAUUCCCAUUGCUUUGUCUGGUAGGGAUAUCUUGGCUAGAGCUAAAAAUGGAACGGGCAAGAGCGGAGCCUACCUCAUUCCCUUACUUGAACGGCUAGACUUAAAGAAGGACAAUAUACAAGCAAUGGUGAUUGUUCCCACUCGAGAACUAGCAUUGCAGGUCAGUCAGAUCUGUAUCCAGGUUAGCAAACACAUGGGAGGUGCCAAAGUGAUGGCAACAACAGGAGGAACCAAUCUGCGUGAUGACAUAAUGAGGCUUGAUGAUACAGUGCAUGUGGUGAUAGCUACCCCUGGGAGAAUUCUGGAUCUCAUCAAGAAAGGAGUAGCAAAGGUUGAACACGUCCAGAUGAUAGUACUGGAUGAGGCAGAUAAAUUGCUGUCUCAGGAUUUUGUUCAAAUAAUGGAGGACAUUAUUCUUACGCUACCUAAAAACAGGCAGAUUUUGCUCUACUCAGCCACUUUCCCUCUUAGUGUACAGAAGUUCAUGAAUUCCCAUUUGCAGAAACCCUAUGAGAUUAACCUGAUGGAGGAAUUGACCUUGAAGGGAGUUACCCAGUACUAUGCCUAUGUAACUGAGCGGCAGAAAGUACACUGCCUCAAUACGCUAUUCUCCAGGCUCCAGAUUAACCAGUCAAUCAUUUUCUGCAACUCCUCACAACGGGUUGAACUGCUAGCCAAGAAAAUUUCCCAGCUGGGCUAUUCCUGUUUCUAUAUCCAUGCUAAAAUGAGGCAGGAACACCGUAAUCGUGUGUUCCACGAUUUCAGAAAUGGCUUAUGCCGGAAUCUUGUUUGCACUGAUCUGUUUACCCGAGGUAUUGAUAUCCAAGCUGUGAAUGUGGUGAUAAACUUUGAUUUUCCAAAGCUGGCAGAGACGUAUCUCCAUCGUAUUGGCAGAUCAGGUCGCUUUGGUCACCUGGGCCUGGCCAUCAACUUGAUCACCUAUGAUGAUCGAUUCAACCUGAAAAGUAUUGAGGAGCAGUUGGGAACUGAAAUUAAACCCAUCCCAAGCAACAUUGACAAGAGCCUGUAUGUGGCAGAAUACCACACCGAACCCGUAGAUGAUGAGAAACCUUAACCAUGCUUUGAUUACAAACACCAGAAGCUGAAGCCCCUUGAUCCAGAUCUGUGACACAUUGUUUCUUUGGGGAUAUUCUUCUCUUUUUGGGUUUUUCAUCUUCUUUUCAUUUUGGAACUAUGAAGACUAAAGCGCUCAGACGUAUUUUCUUUUCUUUUUUUAAAUUUGGCAGCAAGGAAGAAAGAAGAUAAAAGAAGGAAUACUUUUUUUGUUUUUUCACUUGUUUGCACUGUGUGCUGAUUGAACAUUAGUUGCACUAAACUGCUGGUUUUAAAUUUUUUUUUCUUUUGGGGGGCGCAGGGGCAGCAGCAGCAAGGGAAGAAGAGAAACCCUGAAAAGAGAAGAAACUUGAUGAACAGAAGAAGUUUGUCUGCAAUUUCAAAUUCUCCAACAGCUGACUGAGUGCAUUUCAACUUCUCCCUGGUUACUCAUCCGUUUUUAAGCUAAACAGCUUGUUACUUAUUCGUGCAAAGUGCCUUAUGCUAUGAGACCAUUCAGAAUAUCACCUUUCAAAUACAGCCCGUGGAAUCAACAGCUUUUUUUCUUUCCAGGUCAAAAGUUCCCAACCCUUCUUUUGCCCUCCCCAAACAAUAUUCAAGCCCAGGGCUGCGAGAUGAAACUAUCAGUAAUGUAACACUUUUUUUUUGUUUAACUUUUUUUUAAAUUGGAGGAGUUGAUAUGCAACUGCAGUUCACCCACACUGUAAAUACAUGUAUUUAAGACAAAAACAACUAAAAAUCUGGGCUGAUUAGGUGCAACAUCAUAGCUCGAGAAGGAAAGAGCAGCCUAUCAUCUUUUGCAGGAGCCAUAUGAAAAGCUCGUAUGCUCUAGCAGAACACUAAAGACUGGCUUCCAUAAGUCUCCAUUCGUAGUUACAGCACUUGAUAUGUAGACUUAUUUCAGAACCAUGGCCCUCUUUCCUCUGGCACAGUGUCCCAUUGAAAAUUGGAUGUGUAUACUUGUAUAAACUUGUAAAUAAGUUUUUUUUUUUUUUUUUUUUUUUUUUUUUUUUUUUUUU